AUGAAGUUUUCAGCACUCUUUGUCGGUACAGCCUUGCUCGCAACCUCUGCGGUUGCAGCACCCCUCACCGAGCAGCGCCAGGCCCGCCAGGAAAGUCGCCGGAGUGCCAGAGCUUCAGGUCGUUCCAGUCACCCACCCUACAAGCCAGGAACAUCGGAGGUGCUUCACUUGAAUGAGACUUCUCAGGAAUCUUACAGCACCAACUGGGCCGGCGCUGUGCUGAUUGGUACUGGAUAUAACUCGGUGACUGCGCAAUUCACAGUUCCAACACCCAAGCUCCCCACUGGCGCCUCUUCCAGGACCCAGUAUUGUGCCUCUGCGUGGGUUGGAAUCGAUGGCGAUACCUGCGACACGGCCAUUCUGCAGACUGGUGUUGACUUUUGUAUCCAAGGCAGUACCGUGUCGUACGAUGCGUGGUACGAGUGGUAUCCUGACUACGCCUAUGACUUUUCUGGUAUCCCAAUCUCGGCUGGAAAUGUGAUUAAAAUCACCGUCGAUGCUUCCUCCAAGACCACCGGCACUGCCACCGUGGAGAAUGUUUCCACCGGAAAGUCUGUCACCCACACCUUCACCGGCGGCGUUGACGGUGAUCUCUGCGAGUACAAUGCUGAGUGGAUUGUGGAAGACUUUGAAAGCAACAGCUCUUUGGUGCCCUUCGCCAACUUUGGUACUGUUACAUUCUCGAAUGCCGAAGCUACAAGUGGUGGCACUACCUAUGGUCCCUCUGGUGCUAGCAUUCUUGAUAUCAAGCAGAGCAACUCGGUUCUGACAUCGUCUUCCGUGUCCGGCAGCAGUGUCAUUGUCAAGUAUGUCUAA